GGCUGGCAAAUCGGGCGCCGCGGGCAACGAUUCGUGGUCCAGACGUGGUCGACGGGUUGCUUUUUGAUACCUUUGCAACGCAGCGAGCAUUCCUUGUGAGCCGCAGCUCUUGGCUUGAGCCACACAGGGAGAGCAAGCACACGGAGAGCAAAAUGGUUGCGCGCCUACUCCUGCUCGCGGUUGCGGCGCGCGCCCUCCAACCGCUUCAGCCCUGUCGCGCGACAAGAAGGCGGCACCUCGUCUCGGUCCGAGCCGAGCCCGAGCCCGACGUCGACGAGCUCAAACGGCAAGCGGAAGCGCUACGAGCAGAAGUCGAGACGUUGCAAGCGGAGGCGCAAGCGGCGAGAGAAGAGGAAUUGCGGCGGAACCCGCCGCCGCCGCCCAAACCCGUACGAGAGCGGCCCAAGCCCGUGAAGCGGAAAACUGAAGAAGAGGAGGGCUUCUCGCUGCCGAGCUUCAAUCUCUUUGGAGAUGGCGAUGAGUCAGAAAAGAAGAAGCAACCGGUGACCGACGACGAGGUCGAGCUCGCGUCGAAGGCUCUAGCUUGUUUACCUUACCUCCUGCCGAUGUCGGACGCGAUCCCGUUCGGCCAGUACGUGAUCAACGACUUUCCCUUGAUCGCGCUGCCGUUGCUACCGUUCGCGCCGUUCGUUGCGUUAUUAAAUGCGAUUCCGUUCGGCGGGUUCAUCGUGUUCAUCGGGCUGUCCACCGGAAGCCGGAACCCGCAGUUCCCGCGCUUCGUGCGGUUUAGCAUGCAGCAGGCCGUGCUCUUGGACAUCGCGCUGAUUUUCCCGCAGCUGUUCCAGUCGAUCUUCGGCGCGACGAAUAUAAAGGUGCCCGAAGCCUUGGUGGAGCCCUGAGUGGAAAUCAAAAUUUACGGCGCGUUCGUGCUGAAUCGCCAUCGACGCGACGCCUGCUCGAUGGCGUGGUGGUGCUCGUUCCUCACCGCUCGACGGAGCCAGCAUGGCCGCGUCAUCGCCGAGAAAUGACCUAGUGAAGAUUAUCGGUGCACCGACUCACUGGUUGAUCUCUUCACAGGUCGAGCCCGCGUCUUCAUUUGUGUUCUUCUUCAUCUUCGUGGCGGCGCUCUACUCGUGCGGCUCGAAUAUACUGGGGAAGCAGCCGAACCAGAUUCCGAUUAUAUCCUCUGCUGCCGAGCAGAGCAUCGGGCCGUUCUAAGUAGAUGACUUAUAA